AUGAUGAAUGAUAAUAUAACUUUACAUAAUGAAUUAGAAGGAUCAGUUAAAAUAAUAGAUGAUGAUUUAGAAGAUGAUGAAUUUACAAUAGAUUUAGAUAAAGUUGGUCGACUAAAUUUUUUAGAUAAAUUCAAUUUUAAUUUACCAAAUUUAUCAAAUUUACCAAACCUACCCAACCUUACAAAUAUAUCAAAUUUAUCAAGUAUUUCUAAUUUCUCCAAUAUUACAAACUUAUCAAAUGAAAUUGGGAAACAAUUGGAUAAGUAUAAAUCCAUAUAUAGAAGUUAUGCAGAUGAUGAAGAAAGUAGAUUACAUAUGUUAGAUUCACUUAAAUCAAUACUAGAAACCAAAAUCCAAUUAAAACAAUUUUCAAAUGAUUUAACUGAAGUUGUUCAUAGAGCAGUAACAUUACCAGCUGAAGAUAUAAGUGAUUUUGAAGAAGAUGAUGAAAGUAUAGAAACUUUAAUUGAACCAGAAAUUAAAAAAUUUAUUGAAUCAAUUGGUAUAAAUGAAUUUCUUAAAAAUUUUAGUUCAAAUAUUUUAAAACAAAUAUCAGGAAAAGAUGAAGAAGAAGUAUUGGAAUUAGAAGAAGAUAUAGACGAUUUACAAGAACUAGAUCCAGAAUUAAUAAAAUUAACUCAUUUAAACCCAGAAGAUUUUCAAAAUGAAGAAUUAUUAAGAUCAAAAUUAAAAACCAUUCAAGAUUUAUCAAUUGAUCAAAAAUUAAAAAACAAAUUACAAACAAAAUUAAUGAUGUCAAAUUAUUAUAAAUAUAUAGAUAAUCAAUUACAAAAAGAAAAUGAAAGAUUAAGUAAUAUUUUAGAUGAACAAAAAGCAAUGAUGGAUGAAGAAGUAGUUAUAACAGAAGAAGAUCAAAAACCUUCUUAUUAUGACAAAUUAAAUAAUAUACUAGGUUGUUCACAUUAUCAACGUAAUUGUAAAUUAGAAUGUCCAACAUGUCAUAAAUGGUAUUCUUGUCCAUUUUGUCAUGAUUCUGAAAUAAAAGAUCAUAAAUUAAUAAGAAAUAAAGUCAAACAUAUAUUAUGUAUGCAUUGUAAAACUCCACAAGUAACAGAUACAAAUUAUUGUGUAAAUUGUGAAAAGGAAUUAUCUAAUUAUUUUUGUCGAAAAUGUGUCUUGUAUGAUAAUGAUCCAACAAAAGAUAUAUAUCAUUGUGAUAAAUGUGGAAUAUGUCGUUUAGGUUUAGGAUUAGAUAAAGAUUAUUUUCAUUGUGAUGAAUGUAAUAUUUGUUUAUCUAUUGAUUUAAGAGAUAAACAUAAAUGUGUAACCAACAGUACCCAUUGUAAUUGUACAAUAUGUAAUGAAUAUUUAUUUACAUCAAUUGAAAAAGUAGUAUUUAUGAAAUGUGGUCAUUCAAUACAUCAAUCAUGUUUUGCUGAAUUAGUAAAACAUUCAUAUAAAUGUCCAUUAUGUAAAAAAACAAUUAUAAAUGUUGAAAAUCAAUUUCGUUUAUUAGAUCAAGAAAUCCAGCAAUCACCUAUGCCUGAUCCUUAUGAUCAAUGGAAAUGUAUAAUUAGUUGUAAUGAUUGUAAAGGAAAAUCAAACGUUGCUUAUCAUGUAUUAGGUUUAAAAUGUAAAUAUUGUAAGAGUUAUAAUACAAAUAAACUUAAAUUUAAAAAACCUAAUGAUGAAGAAGUACUUAGUGAUGAUAAUGAAGAAGUUGAACAUAUUCAUGAUUUUGAUGCUAAUAUUAUGAGAUUAGUUUCUACUAAUUUACAAAACAAUUUUGAAAUUGAUUUACAACAAAAUUAA